GGGGUCGGGUUUCCUUCAACUCGGCAUUUAAAUUGAGCUGCAGGACAUCAGCUGCUGCUACACUCAGCGCCGCGCUGUGACAGAAAAUAACCGCUAGCUAAACAGGCUACUCUUAUUUUUUAAAACCGAAACGACAGAAAUAAUUUCAGCUCCGGAGGAGAUCCGGGUAGUUUGGUGGGCAGAGGAGCGGGAGCGGGUGAACAAUAACGGGGGUCGAUCUGUGACAGCGGCUCGGUGCAUCAUUUUUGGGAUUCCUCCGCUAGCUGCUGGACGAAACUGAAUAGCGGUAACGUGACGUUGUGCAUGAGCGGAAUGAUUUAGGCUUUUUCUGGGUAGUGUUUGUUUACCGAAAUAGACUGGUAAACAACAACAAACUCAUUGAAAGCUGUGUUUUUGUGGCCCUGGAGCACAAGUGGCCUGGACUGGGGAGGACCGAUGGACUCGAUGAUGAGAGUGCAUUUGAAGGGUCAGGUUUAAUUUCUGAUAUAAAACAACAAUUUGGAUUUUAAUAUUGUUGUAGAUAUUAAUGGACUCAAAAUAACCAACUGUGCUGAAUAUAAGAAACUAAACCUUAAUAUUAUUAACAGCAACAGUCACCACCCAUCAGUGUGGAAGGACAGACUGACUUCAUUUCAUCUGCAUAUAUUAUCUUGAGACUGAUUUAAGAUAAAACAAAACUUUUAAGGAGAUUUGAUCUGUUUUUGAGAAUAUUUCCAGUAAAACAUAACCUGUAGAAAACAAUACAGAUUAUUUUUAGAGCGUAUAUGUCACCAACUGUCAUUUUUGUUUGGAUUUAAAGGUGGAUCUGAAGUUAUUUGUUUGUUCCAGCUUAUCUGACUUUUUAAUAGUUUUAAUUUGGAGCUCUUCCCAUUGUAUAUGUAAAGAAAUCUCAAGGACAUACCAAAUUCACAGACCUUUCAGGAUAGCUCAAUAACCUGUCAGUAAAGUGACAAACAGCAUCUCCGACCAGUUACACCCAUCAGAGGCUUCACUAGUCCUAACAAGCAACCAACAGCCAUGUUCAGCUGGCUUGGAACCGACGACCGGAGGAAGAAGGAGCCAGAGGUCUUUCAGACCGUCAGUGACGGACUGAAGAAGCUCUACAAAACCAAACUCCUGCCGCUGGAGGAGAGCUACAAGUUCCACGAGUUCCACUCCCCGGCUCUGGAGGAUGCAGACUUUGACAACAAGCCCAUGGUCCUACUGGUGGGACAGUACUCCACUGGCAAGACGAGCUUCAUACGCUACCUGCUGGAGCAGGAUUUUCCCGGAAUGCGGAUCGGCCCUGAACCCACCACGGAUUCCUUCAUCGCGGUGAUGCACGGCGACACAGAGGGAGUCAUCCCCGGUAACGCUUUGGUGGUUGACCCCAAGAAGCCCUUCAGAAAGCUGAACGCGUUCGGAAACGCCUUCCUCAACAGGUUUGUGUGUGCCCAGCUCCCAAACCCAGUGCUGGAAAGCAUCAGUGUGAUUGACACACCAGGAAUUCUGUCAGGAGAGAAACAGAGAAUCAGUCGAGGCUAUGACUUUGCGGCUGUCUUGGAGUGGUUUGCAGAGCGAGUGGACAGGAUCAUUUUACUGUUUGAUGCCCACAAAUUGGACAUCUCUGAUGAGUUCUCAGAGGUCAUAAAAGCCCUGAAGAACCAUGAGGACAAGAUCAGGGUUGUGCUGAAUAAGGCUGACCAGAUAGAGACGCAGCAGUUGAUGAGAGUGUACGGUGCCCUGAUGUGGUCACUGGGAAAAAUAGUCAACACACCAGAGGUGAUCCGCGUCUACAUCGGGUCAUUCUGGUCCCACCCUCUGUUGAUCCCAGACAACAGGAAGCUGUUCGAAGCAGAGGAGCAGGACUUAUUCAAGGACAUUCAGUCUUUGCCGAGAAACGCAGCGCUCAGAAAACUCAAUGAUCUGAUCAAGAGGGCGAGACUAGCCAAGGUCCAUGCCUACAUCAUCAGCGCACUGAAGAAAGAGAUGCCCUCUGUGUUCGGGAAGGAGAACAAGAAGAAAGAACUGAUCGCCAGUCUGGGAGAUAUUUACAAACGCAUCGAACGAGAGCAUCAGAUUUCACCUGGAGAUUUUCCUAAUCUGAAGAAGAUGCAGGACCAACUCCAAGCUCAGGAUCUCAACAAAUUCCAGCCUCUGAAACCCAAACUCCUGGAGGCAGUGGAUGACAUGCUGGCCCACGACAUCGCUAGCUUAAUGGUCCUGGUCCGCCAAGAAGAAACCCAGCGUCCCAACCCAGUUGUGAAGGGUGGUGCCUUUGAUGGCACUCUGGAUGGCCCGUUCGGCCAUGGGUAUGGCGAAGGGGCGGGUGAAGGCAUUGAUGAAGCAGAGUGGGUUGUUGCACGUGAUAAACCUGCUUAUGAUGAGAUUUUCUACACAUUGUCUCCUGUCAAUGGGAAGGUGACGGGAGCCAAUGCCAAGAAAGAGAUGGUGAAGUCAAAACUGCCCAAUACGGUGCUAGGAAAGAUCUGGAAGCUGGCAGACAUCGAUAAGGACGGGAUGCUUGAUGACGAGGAGUUUGCAUUGGCCAACCACCUGAUAAAAGUGAAACUAGAGGGACAUGAACUGCCAUCAGAGCUGCCCGCACACCUGGUGCCUCCUUCCAAGAGGAAAAUACCAGAGUAAACGUAAGAUUACAUCACCCCCUGCCCCAAAGCCUGUAAGUAGACAUAUGCCCUCCACCCAGAGAAAAGUAUCCCAAUUAAAAUAGGAAUAUUCCUGUAGCAUUAUAGCAAAAAAAUACAAAUGAAGAGAAUUUGAACAAAUUAGACCCAUUUCCAACUCUCAGUCCCGCUCUGCUGAUGUCACCCCCCAUCUGCAGUCUUUCCUUAGCUUCAAGAGGCAAAUAUUGGAACAAAAUAUUUAGUUACAUUCAAAUAAAAAUGAAUGAACGCAGCUCGACUGUUGGCAUGUGGAUUCAAAUGCUACAUUUCAGCAGUGCUGAAGUGGCAUGUACCAGGGAACUGGAUCUCUAUGAGUCCUCCCACUAAAGUGAAGUCUUUAGUACAGUGUUCAAAGGGAUAUUUUAAAGUGAAGUUGUAUGAGGUACUCAUCCAUAGUCAGUGUAUUACAUACAGUAGAUGUUGAUUGACACACACCCAGUUUUGGAGAAGCAGGCUGGAGUCCGUCGCAGACACUAAGCUAUGUGCUGCUUUGGAUGAGGGCAGCAGCAAAAUGUAUUUUAGCCACUUAAAAAAGUCCCAACUAAAGAAAUCUAACAUUUUAAGUGUACGCUACACUGAGAGUAUUUCCACGGCUCUACCUUUCCAUCAUGGAGCCCGUCCUCACAGAGAUGCCAUUAACAGCUUCAAAUUCCCAUCUAUCCUCUCAUCAAAGCCACCAGACUCUACUGAAAAAACAGUAAUUUGGGCUUGCUGAAAACUGAGCUGCUGGUCUGCUGCUGCCUUGAUCAGUUAGUAAAAUUAAAUUGCUGUCUGAAGGCGAGGUAAAGCGAUGAAAAUAUUCUAACUAUAGCAUACUCUCAAAAUGAUAAAUAUUUUUAGGUGGCUAAGAUACUUUCUGCUAAUGCCCACGUCCACAGUAGUACAUUGCUUAGGGGGUGAUCACACAGAAAUGAGACACUAGAGACGCGGACGCUUCAAAGACGCUUGAAACGCUGGAAACGCUUAUUCAAUGCAUGCUAGCUACUGGCGUCUGACGCUCAAAAAGUUUAAAAUAUUUAAACUUUUCAGCGUCUACGUGCGUCUAAAAAGAAGCGUCUACAAAAACGCCCGUCUAAAAGGACGCCGGAAAAACGCCCGUCUAAAAAGACGCUUAAAUGCCGGUCAGACGCGCCGUAUCAUAGAAAAACAAUAGUUUUACUGGCGUCUUGUUUCUAGCGUUUCAUCUCGGUGUGAUCGCUCCCUUAGUUUCCAUGUUGGAUUCCAGCCUGCUUUUCCAACUUGGGAGCGUGCUGACUGACAACUACUGUGUGUAAUGCACUGACCAGAUAAGUACUCCAUACAACCCCACUUCAAAAGAUCUUAACUAUCCCUUUAAGGCUGACAUAUUGGGAGCUGGUAGGUAGGAUAGGUGUUAGAGAUGUUAGGGCAGACGAUAUGGUAAUAGGUAAAGAAAAUCAACUUAGAAAUCUACAACAAGAAACACUGGAGUACAGCAAAUGUAAGGUGAUCCAGACUACUGGAGGAAAAUGGGAGCGAUGUGACAAUGUGAAGACAAACAGAAAUAGAUUUUCUUGGAAGGAUCAUUCAAGGAGAGGGAAGAUUGGGAUAUGAAACUGCAAAAUAUAAUUGUAUUAUCAUCUGUAGUCAAUACAGAAAACUCAUAUUUGACUGCGUUAUUCCACACAGUGGCCAAAACCAUUUCAUAGCUCCUCGAGCUCCUGUGUUAUUUUUGGUCUCCUGGCACGGCUGAGUAUUCUGGCUUUUGUUUCAUGGCGACAUAUUAAACGGCUACAAGGAUAUCCUGACGAGUGGCUUGAGAAUACACACAAAAUGUGUAGAAGCACACACACACAGAAAAUGAAAACAAUUCUGGUUAUGUGAUUUGUAACCAGAGGAGUGCAUUAUAAAAAGAAAAUGACCCACAUCAACUUUUUAUAAUUUUAAAUGUGUUAUGCAGAUGUUGAUAUUUGUGUCAAUGACAUCGCCAUCAUUUGCUGUAGCACCUGGAUUGGCCUAUGACAAAGAAGCAGGAAAAAGUUUCUCUGAUGGGAAACAAGCGUGGGAAAAACUAAGGAUCACAAGUGGCUUGUCCCUUUUAUGAUUUUUACAUAAUUCUAAAUUUCAUUAAAGGAAUACUUCAACCCCCAAAUUACCAUUUGUAUAUCAGUUACUUACCCUGUGUUAUGUUGAAUUUGUGAAGAAAACUUUGUUUUUCCUUGCAUGCCUCCAGUGAACAAAGAAUCCAAUCAAAGUCUAAGGUGACCACAUUCCACAACAACAAAACUAUAUCAAAACAUCCCUCUACAAACUCAAACAACUCGUGCAGUAUAAUACAAGCCUCAUUUAUGAAGUUGUAUGCUCAGUACUUCACAAACAGACAGCCCUAUCGGAUGGGGAAGUGAACUGAAAGUCAAACUCAAUGUUCUCUUCAAAGCCACACUCCAUCAACAAAAACAGUAAUUUUACCUCACUGAACACAGGAGCUGCUGGUCUACAGCUGCCUCCAUCAGUUGGUUUGUUUGUGUUAUUGUGUGACUUUGGUGAAUCUGACGUAUUACUUAAAACACAAAAGUCACACAAUAACACAAACAAACUAACUGAUCUAGGCAGCGGUAGACCAGCAGGUCCUGUGUUCAGUGAGGUAAAACUAUGGGUUUUGUCAAUGGAGUUUGGCUUUGAAGAGAGCAUAGAAAUGUUUCAUUUUCAGUACAGUUCCCCCUCUGAAAGGGUUGUCUAUUUGGGAAGCACUGAGCAUACGACUGGAUAAAUGAGACCUGGAUUAUACUGCAUGAGUUCUGUGAGAGUUUGCAAACGGAUAUUUUGAUGUAAUUUUGCUGUUGUUUUAACUUGGACCCCUAUGACUUAAACUUAUCAAGAUUUUUCUCAGUUUUUGGAUUCUUCGUUCACCAUGGAGGCAUGUGAGAAAAUCAAAGUUCUCUUCACAAACUCAAAGUAACAUGGGCUGAGUAACUGAUACACAAAUGAUCAUUUGAAGGUUGAAGUAUUCCUUUAACAUGUAUGGAAAUACUGUGACUAUAACAUGGAACUAUAUAACGAGCACUGUCUGUACAAAGGAGUGUGCGGACAUUCUCAGUAUAAAUGUAUUUUCUGGACUUUGAAUGUUGAAUGUGCAGACGUUCACGGUUCUGUGUGGGCACAUCCUGACUAUUGUAUGUACGCAUAUGACCACAUGUAUCAGUGUUAUUAUUUGUAACGUAUAUAUGUAUCAAGUCUUAAGCAUCUCACAGGCGACUGGGUCAGCGGAUGAAUGUGUGAGUCAGUCAUUGUUCACCUUGUCAAAGUGAUCUAAUCUAACCUAACCUGGCAGUCCAGAGUGAACACGCAGCUGUUUGCUUCUUUUGUGAUGAUAACAAAACAAUAAUCGACAUAUUGUUCAAAUGAAAAUCUGGCUUUCCAUUUUAUGUUUUUAAAUUGUAUACAUGUAAUGAAUAUAAUCUGAUUUACUGUAGCGAUAUGCCAGUAUAUAUGUAUUUAUACUUCACGUUAGGACUAUGUUUGUGGUUUGUAAGUCUUGAUCUUAAUAUGAAACACAAGUAAAUUUGGGUUCCCAUAUGAUAAGAAAUGUUCACUGUGUUUUAUGAGUGGGGCAGUAUUCAGUAUACACAAUUGACUUAACUGAAAUAUUUCCAGUUUUCUCCCAUGCGUGCCCCUCCCUGUGCUUUUCUGUGCAAUUACUGUGAAUCUACUGUACAUAAAAAAAGACUGUUUGCAUUCCAUGAACACAGAUUGGGAAAUCAUCCACAGUAUCUCGGGUGCUUUAUGCAUCACUUGUUCACAUUUCAUCAACGAGCCAGAUCAGAUCAACAGAGUAAAUAUAAAAAAAGGAUGCUUGUUGAAUGUGGUAUUCUCUGCAAAACAAAGUCCUUGAGCUUCACAAGUUGUUUUCAUACCCUGACAGAUUGCAACUUGAAGUCCUGUGUACUGGUGAAAACAUUAAGUGGAAACACUGGCGUUAUGGUAUUUUUUCUGUUUUAAGAUGGUUUAUGCAUUGCUAAAUCUGUACUUCACUGCUUUUCUGUCAACAUAAACAACAGUUCCAACAGUGUAAUAAAAAUUAAUUUACUCAA